GCUCUGUCUAAUAGCUCCCGUACAAUAACAGAAGGGGGUACACGCGUUAGAGUUUACAAGUCCGUGAACAAACACCGGACAUGGAAAGAGCUUUGUAUCAGUACUACAUAGUGACGGUCAGUCUAUAAUAGCCCCAGAUAUAGGGCUGGACGAUGGUUUUAGAUUAACCACGAGUUAGUGAGCAUGUGUUCUCCCCUCUGAUCACAUUACCUCCACAGACUGCGAACUUUCGUCAACAUUAGGAUUAUUGGUACUCGGUAAAUAAGGAUACUGAAGAUGUCUGGUGCGUGUUUCAUUCAGGCUUCAAGUGGAAGCUGUACAGUAGUGUACAGUGUAUUGACCGGACAUAACAAUGUUUUUGAAGGAACAUUCGCAUUUCGUGUUGCAGACGGUUUAGGUACAUCGUUGUGAGUGUAUAUAUAUAUAUAUAUAUAUAUAUGAGGAAAUCGCACUGUAUGUAAUUAUAUUUACAUAGGAUUGUAUGAGUUAUUACAGUUUUUAGGAGAACGAAUUAACUUCACAGAAAGCUUAUUUUAUUUUAUGUGGUGUGGAUCAAAGAUUACAGCUUUGAUGAAUAAUUCGAGAAUGCAAUUUUAAAACAGUGACAUACGAUUUAUUUGCCAAACAAAAUUCUUUUAUGUGUAUAAUGGACUCAGAAAUGUGUCUCUAACAGAACUGUGUAUUUGGUCCAGCAAGCAGUGUACAUACAGAAUCGCCAAUGGCGUGUAUCCAGGCGAAUCUAUCACUAGCGGUUGUGUUGUCACUGAACGCUUUGUCUGAUAAAAACCAAUAUUGGGAAGCAAGGAAAUGGAUCAUAAUUAAUUAAACUGCAGACGGCAAGUUGGGGUACAAAGGAAAGUGAGAAUUGUAGACAAACAUCAGACAUACGAGAUCCGUGUCUGUUCCUGUUGUAAACUUUUAUUAUUUUAGCUUUAAUACCCAAUGAAUUUCACUGCAAUUUUCCAAGCACUUGUGAACUGUUUGCGCAUUACUACGAUUUUCUUGGGCUGUGUGAUUAUGGUCUCGAGCUGAAGGUGUUGUAUUAAGAGGCUAAAGUGGAACUUUGUGAGUGAUACUCCGUGAUGAGUGCAGUUUGUAGCAGUAAAAUUGGUAAGUGGCACCACCAAAUAUACACAAGUGGUCGCUUGUAAGGACAAACUGCAGGGAAACACACAGCAGUGUUUGGUGGGGGAGGGCAAUGCAGGAUUCAUGCUCGGAGGGAAAACUUGGCUUCCCCGUGUUCCAUCGUCGUGGAAUGUGAACUUUCUACGGUUGUCUACACGAUGUGUAUUAAACAUCACGGUUAAUAAAACGUGCUACGUGAGAUGCACGUGGAAACAUACUUACUAUGUUGUAAUACUGUGUCGGCGUUUGUUUUUGUUUACACAGUGACUGCAAGACUGACUACAUCAACUGGUGUGUGCGUGCCGCCAGUUCUACGGUGGCUCUGUGGCAGACCAGACCUGUGAAUUAUUGGAGAUUGGAACGUCCCUGUGUAACACUUGGAUAGGAUAACAACGUUCCAGGCUAAUGCGCCGGGAUGAAGAAUGACUGAUAUGAAGAAAAUUCGAUUUUGGUGGAUAUUCCGUCGUGGUAAGAAGAAAUAUCUCUUCCCUUCCACCGUGUGUAUCUGUGGAGUUGGUACCAUAGUUUUUGUUGCCAUUUUAAACGUUUUCUCUGCCGUGACGCGGUCCUAUAACGGUCCACCCCAGAACAGUAUUCUUAACACCACACGAUUGAUGACGGACGUGCGGAAAAUGACCAGUCCCCGCGUUCGUCCCACACAGAUUAAACGUGAAACGUCAAAUGUUAUUCUAGAUAUUGACGACGGACCAGAAGCUGCAUACAUGAUCCAUGAUUUCCCCGACACAGAUAGAAAUGCGCAAAGCGGACAGUUACCGGAAACGGAUACAUUUUACGUGGAUGAUUACGAUAAAGUAGACGAAAAUUCUCAAAAAUCACACGAACGUGGUAAACUUCAAAAGAUAUCUAAAGGCGCUGCUAAAAGGCUUCCAAAGGCUCUGAUAAUUGGAGUUAGAAGAUGCGGGACAAGGGCACUUUUGACCUUUCUAAGGGUUCAUCCGGAUAUUCGAGCACCCGGACCGGAAGUUCAUUUCUUCGACAAGCAUUACCACAAGGGUUUGGAGUGGUACAGAAAACAGAUGCCAACAACACUUAGCAGUCAGCUGACCAUAGAAAAAACGCCAAGUUAUUACGUCAUCAAAGGUGUCCCAGAAAAGGUGCACCGAAUGGCGAAGCAUAUAAAACUCAUUGUGGUUGUUCGAGAUCCUGUUUCUCGGGCGUUAUCAGACUAUGUACAAUUGGCGUCCAAACAUUCCGAUAUCGAGACGUUCGAGGAACUGGCCUUUCUCAAUAAUGCCACCGGAUUGGUGGAUACUUCUUGGUCAGUUUUGUGUAAUGGUGUAUACUCUAAAAGUCUUGUACGGUGGCUUCAAUACUUUUCAUUAAAUCAGUUCCACUUUGUAAGUGGCGAAAGACUAGUGGCCGAUCCGGCAGGAGAGAUAGCAAAAGUACAAGACUUCCUCGGUCUAAAACGUAUGAUUACCUCCAAACAUUUGUAUUUUAACAAAACACGCGGAUUUCCUUGCGUGAAAAAGCAUGAACGACACGGGAAACCUAGGUGUGUUGGGAUAAACGGGGCUAGACACUAUCCUACAGUUGCACCUCGACUUUUAAAACGUCUCAGGGAUUUUUACAGACCGUUUAAUAAACGAUUUUACGAAAUUACGGGUGAAGAUUUCGGAUGGGAUGAUAACAAAUAAAGUUAUUAUUUUUACUGA